AUGAAUGAAAUAGAAAAUCAAACAGCAAAUACUCCGGCGUCUUCAACUGAAACAAAUAUCAAUUCGCUCAAUACAAUAAUGGGCAGUGCUACGACAAAUGAUAACACGCUCGAUAUGGGUGAUCGUAUUAAUAAAAUAAUUUCCGAUUAUAAAAAAGCAAUCCAGAAGAACCAUCUUCAAUUGAGACAUCUCACAACGAAUGAAUUAUCUAAACUGAUGGAGCGACUUUGCCAAGAGAUUUCUCCUGAUACUUUAGAACUAUUCCGAAACGAACAUUUCAAUGAUGACAACAAUACUGCUGAUAAUACUACUCAAGAGUUAGAGAAAUUCUACGAAUGGAUGCCGAAAUAUCUUACAGAACAAGAUCUCAAAUUAGAAGUCAUUAUUCGCUCUAAACAAGAGCAACAGCAAAAUCUUUCAGUAGUUACACAAGCUCUUCUUAAUCAAAACGAACAAAUAUUUCAGCAGAUACAAGCACAGCCACAACAGUUAACACAGAUGUUGACAUGGCAACAACAGCAACAAGCUAAUAAUCAAAAUGCACAAUCGAUAAAUAAUUUUAAUCAAAAUAGCCCACAAAUUGACCAAUCAGACAAGCAAAAAGAUUACUUUGAUACAUUGGUUAAACUAGCCAGCACUACUAUACUACUAUGGACGAUGGUAGCACUUGUAAAAAGAUCUUAA